UCACUCUUGUACUAAUACAAGACUGGUAGUAAGUAGUUGGUCUUAUAGUGCCUAUUCCCUGUUGCCAAGUGGGGUUGUUUCCCUAACAUUCUUAUGAUUACUCAUACUCAUCAUCCAUCCUAUCUAACUAUAAAAUUAAGAAACAUUUAUAGUGAUCUUCAUUAAUUCUUAUGGCUAGUAGCAGCAUGAAGGUGCACCCCUUCGCACGUGGGUUUUGGGAUAAUCAUCAAACACAUGAAUCCCAAUCUUCCCUCACGCUUGGGUGCAAACGAUUUCGCCCUCUUGUUCCUAAGGUUUCUUCCGCCCAUAAUAAUGCUACUACCUUUGAUCUUAAAAGCUUCAUUAAACCUGAGACUGGUUCGCGUAAGCUUGUUUCUUCUACUGAUUCCAAAAAGGAUUCACCUUCCCAACAGGCCGUGGAAACCCAUCCAGGAGGGACAAGGUGGAAUCCUACCCAAGAGCAGAUAGGGAUCUUAGAGAUGUUGUACAGAGGAGGAAUGCGAACACCAAAUGCACAGCAAAUUGAGCAGAUAACCGAGCAGCUAAGCAAAUAUGGGAAGAUCGAAGGGAAAAAUGUAUUUUACUGGUUUCAAAACCAUAAAGCCCGUGAAAGACAAAAGCAGAAGCGUAGUAUUCUUGGACUUACUCAUAAUCCAAGAACCCCACCUUCUGCUACUACUCAUCAAAUUAACACCUCUAUUACCUUGACUCUUCACACCAGGGCAGAAUCAGAAGAGCAAGAAAUUAGUCCAUACAAAAGGAAAUUCAGAAGCUGGAUGUUUGAUUGUUCAGAGGAGAAUCAGAAAAAAGAUUAUUCAGAGCAAGAAGGCAAAACACUAGAGCUUUUCCCAUUGCACCCAGAAGGAUUAAUCAGAUGAAUAAUAUAACUUAGAAUUUAUUAAUAUUAUUGUAUUCAUGCAGUAAUAUGAUUAUGGAUCUAGCUCAGCUAGCAGCUAGUAGCUAGUCGUAUUUAUUUGAUAACCUUAAUUAGUUUUAGCUUAUGAUGAUAAGUAUGAAGAUGGGCUUUUCUUUCUUCUUUUCCCAUUUCUUCAUAGGAUAAGAAGAAAGACAAGAUAUCUUUCAACUUUCUUUGUAAUAACACUUGGUUUAAUUUAUGCCCCUUUUUUCUAAUUAAUGCCAGAUUUUUCCAACUUUAAGCCUCAA